AUGUUUCUGCUGCUGAUUUUCUUCCUUUUGGUUGCGUGGCCUGCAACCAUAUUGGAGGGAAGCAUUUUCAGAGAGAGACCUCACUGUUAUCGACCCGUGCCUCGCAAACCAGACUGGGGAGUCAAAACUGCGCCAAGGCCCCACGAGAUACUAAACCUGGUCCAGCUGCCGAAGACUUGGGACUGGAGGAACAUUGACGGCAUCAACUAUGUCAGUGCCACUCGCAAUCAGCACAUCCCCCAGUACUGUGGGUCCUGUUGGGCCCAUGCCAGCACCAGUGCCAUGGCAGAUCGCAUCAACAUCAAGCGGAGAGCUGCAUGGCCUUCAGCCUACCUGUCGGUCCAGCACGUGCUUGACUGUGCGGACUCUGGUACGUGUCACGGGGGCGAUCACGGCGGAGUUUGGGAGUACGCCCACAAGAACGGCAUCCCGGAUGAGACCUGCAACAACUACCAGGCUAUUGAUCAAAAAUGCCAUCCAUUCAACGCAUGCGGGACGUGUCUCACGUUUGGGCAAUGUGACAAUGUGCGUAACUACACUUUGUGGAGAGUUGGUGACUAUGGAGCAAUCACAGGACGGGACAAUAUGAAGGCUGAAAUCUACACUAGAGGACCAAUCAGCUGCGCAAUCAUGGCCACGGAGAAACUAGAUCUUUACACCGGCGGUUUGUACAUGGAAUAUGACAAAAAUCCUGAGAUCAACCACAUUGUCUCGGUUGCCGGCUGGGGGGUGGAAAACGGUACGGAAUACUGGAUUGUCCGCAACUCCUGGGGGGAGCCCUGGGGGGAACGGGGUUGGCUAAGGAUCGUCACCAGUGCCUACAAAGGAGGAAGUGGACCACUCUACAACCUGGCUAUAGAGGAAGACUGCAUGUAUGGCGAUGUCAUUGUACCAACAAAAUAUUAG